GUUUAUUGUUCAACAAUGAAAAAAAGUCAAAACAAGACGAGAGAUGCUAUGAAAAGCUAGUAUUACAGUUAGUGAACAGUCGUUGUGUUAGUAUUUUACCUUUGUAUGAGAUAGCAGAGUAUAAUUUUCUUGUAGAAUAACAUAUUAUACGAUGGUCCUUGCGGAACGACUGAGUUUAUUUUGGGGGUACGUACGUUAGCAAGUUAUUGACGACAUUUCAUAUUUAACUAGUUAACGUUAGCCAGUAAGUUAGUAAGGACAAACACCUGUGUUGUAUUAAUUGAGCCUGAUAACGUUAGCUAUAUGAGGUUGGCAACAUUACUCAGACUCUCCUUGGCAUAGUCACCGUGUGGUCUACGUACGUGAACGGUGUUGUACAGUGAACUGGGGAGGAGUGUCAAGUGUUACGACAACAUAAUCAGCUGAGUCGAUAUUAUAGAGCGACGAGCUUCCGUUUGGUAAGUCAGUCUCUGGAAGCGAGAAAGAAGUCGUUGUGAUAUCCUAAGACCUGCCAAACUAGUAUUUUUGUCAAAGCUUAAAAGCUUUGAAAAUGUCUUUGGCUGACCAAAGUCAGCAGUGGUAUCCCACAAGCGUACAGGUAACGGUGUUCCAAGCCAGGAAUUUGAGGAUCAAAGGAAAGAAUGGAACCAACGAUGCCUAUGCCAUCAUGCAGGUGGCCAAAGACAAGUUUUCUACCUCGGUUGUCGAAAAAUGUGUCGCACCGGUAUGGAAGGAAGAGGCAACGUUUGACCUGGCACUGUUCCACCAUGGCAAUGCUGAACGCUGCACACUGUAUAUCAUAGUAAUGCACCGAGCUCUGGUGGGACUGGACAAGCUCCUGGGACAAGCUGUGAUCAACCUACUGGAUCUACACGAUAACAGCGUCAGCAAAAAGACCGAUUGGUACAAACUGCUGGAUAAGAAUGGGAAGGAGGACAAGGUCAGAGGGGAAGUGAUGUUGGACAUCCAGUUCAUGAGAAACAACUUGACAGCCAGCAUGUUUGACCUUUCCAUGCAAGACAAACCACGCUCCCGCAUCGGAAAGCUCAAGGACAAAGUGCGUGGGAAGAAAAAGGACAGCUUCUCUGACUCGGCCUCUGCAAUAGUGCCCUCUUUCAGCCAGGUACUCACUGACAGCGAGGGAGAGGCUGACUCCCACUCAGUGUGCUCAGAGUCCCCUGGGGCGAAGAAGAAAUCCAAGCUCAAGUCCCUCUUUGCCCCUAAAUCCAACCUGCAACGCAACGUCUCCCAGUCCAUGUCCACACUGGGCACUCUUCCUGAGAAAAACGUGUCCCUCAGUGGAAGUCGCUCCUCUGGCCUCAAUGUGGAUUCUCCUGAUGUUAAAAAGAAGUUCAAGUUCCUGGGCCACAAGCGGACAGGCAGCAAUGACAGCAAAGUGUCUACAGGACCUUUUUCUCUUCUGGGCAGAUCCAAGCAGAAAGAAGACCCGAACAGCACGUGCAUCAACGGCAACCAUGUGUAUGCAGAGGAGGUAGAACCCAUGUCUGGAUCCACCCUCAGCCUCAACAGCUCUGGUCAGGGUUCAGUGGAGGAUGUACGCAGCCGCAAGCAACCAUCUGACGCCUCCGUAGACUCCCUCAAGGGCGCCUCUGUCAACACCUACAGAAAGGAGUCUGCAGAUAGGGAUAGGGCUCUGCUGGAGCAAAGGCGCCUUCAGGAGGACGAGAAGAGGGAGGCAGAGGAGAAAAGACAGAAUGAGGAGAAACACAGAGUGCAGCUCAAGAUACUGCAGGAGGAGGAGGAACGCAAGCAACAGGAGGAGCAGGAGAGGAGGCGAAGGUUCCAGGAGGAUGAGGCAAGGAGGAAGAAGCAGCGGGAAGAGGACGAGGAGCGGAAGCGGCUAGCGGAAGAAAGAAGGCGGCUGAAGGCAGAGGAGCUGCAGAGGCUGGGGGAGGAGCAGAGGCAGCAGGAGGAGGCCAAGAUGGCAGAGGAGCAGAAACAACAGGAUGAGGCCUCUGUGACUGAGAGGCUGUCCUCUCUGUUUGGUAUGAUCAGGAAGAAGGAGGAGAAGAAGAAGGAAGAGCUGCAGCAGAGUGUCGCCAAGGAGGAGAGGCCCAACCCAGCUCCCAGACACAGCACCAGAGAUGUGGAUGUCCCUGCCCCUCGCCAUGCUGCCAACCCAUUCGAAGAUAUCCUCCUCAGUCCAGACCCUCCAAUCCCGUUUGAGGAGAGCCCGGUGGACCACCAGAAGGGUGUUCGCGGCACCAACACCCAGAGUGCUGCAGUCUUCCUCAACUCCAACCGCACUGCCAAGGUGUCUGCAGUCAAGCCUAGAUUGGUGGAGUCUCUGAAGCAGCCUGAAACCCCUGACUCAGACUCCAAUAGGCAGCAAUCUCCCUCUCUGUCCUGCGCCGAAUCCCCUCUCUCUAGCAUCCCCUCUGAGUCUCCUGAUAUGUUCUCCAAUCUUCACUCCUCCCUGGCUCCCCCUAAGACACGGAGGAGCACCUCUGAGUCCCCCUACAGCAGCACUGAGAACUUGGCUGCCAUAGGAUCUUCCCCCAGCGGAUCUGACAGGAAGCGGCAAGCUCCUAUGCCCCCCAGCCCAAUGGAACCGCAAAGCCAUGGAAAACCCAAUGCAGGCUCCAGAAGUGUGUCUGCUAAAUCUGCUGUUGCAAGUGGCUAUCUUGUGACAAUUAAAGAGGUUGAGGCCAAAAGACCUCCUCUACCUCUUCCUGACUAUGAUCGCCUGUUCCCACAGAAGAGGCAUGGAGUACAAGGACAGACUCAAUGGGACCAUAUCAUUGCAGAGGUGAAUCAGAGACAGCAGGAAUACACAUCUCAGCUCAUUGGUGAAGAAAUGAGUGUGGAUGGCCCAGGCCUCAACUCCCCAGCACCUCCACGCAAUGACAAAUAUUCCUACUUGCAGGAGAGGGCAGCAGAACGCCUAAACCAGCAACAGACAGAAGUUCAGGAAGUUCAAUCUUCGUCUUGGAGGAGAGUGGGGCCAAACAGUUCGCCAGCACUCAUCCCCCCUCCCAAACCAGUAGCCACAGCCCCCCUUAGACUAGUGACGGACUCAAACACAAAGCAAGGCCAGAGCACUGCACAGGCUAAUCCAUCUGUUGAAAGACGCAACGUCUUGGUCUCUACAGAUCCUAUGGCUCAGAGCAAAGACGUACCCUCAGUGAAACCUCAGGAGGACGCAAGGAAGGUGCUUAACACAUCCAUUGCUUUAGCCAGUGAUGGCCAUUCUGUUCUCCCAAUAGAAAAGCCUAGUAGACGUACAUCAAAGGAAGUUUUGGUGUCAAGUUCUACAGAUGAACCUAAAGGACUGCCAAACACUCUCAAAGAGAUCCCCACAGCCAAACCCAGACAAAGGUUAAUCCCCAAAGAGCCAGUGAGACGAGCAGAUCUUGAGCCAAAAGCAGCAGAGUCUACCACUGUACAGCAGGAGAACAGAUCAGAAAUGAGGGCAGCCUCCACACCGGACAUCAUGGAAAUGAGAGUGAGUAGUCCAGUGAUGGCAAAGAACACUGAGGUACCUGCUAACCGUGAAAAGCAACCCUCAUCUGACUAUGUAGAAAGCGACAUUAACAAAAAACAACUGGAACGCAUUAUGAAAGAGAAGUUUGCUGAACCUGACCCUUUUCCCAUUGCGGAGAUCCUGCCUAAAGACCCAUGGGCCCAACCAGAGCAGAGCCACAGUGGAGAUUACCUGUUCUUUGGAGGACCACAGAAAGACGAAAAGCUUGAAGAACAGAGAAUGACAACUGACGACUUGGAUAAACAUUUAGCGCCAAAUAAUUCAACAGAUCAGUCCUCCAGUUGUAACGACAGUGAUUCAGAAAAACAUCCAGAGGAGGAAAAACCAGAAGGGCCUAGUCCUGCUUUUCAAAGGGGAUUUUCACAAAAGAAAAAGAAACAAGCAGCACCUCAGCCUCCAGCUAAUUCGGGCAAUAAAGGAGCCAUGGGAAAGGGUGAGCUGGAUAAACAAGACCCUUCAGCCACUACAAGAUCUGUCAAACUUGAGCCUCAAGACAAAAAUACUAGACAGAGAAAUCUCUAUGGUAGAGAAAAGGUGGAAACCCAAGCCAGGGAAGAGAAGUGGACAGCAGAACAUUUUACCUCCUCCCUCAUGUCUUCUGUCCUGACAUCUCCUGAGCCUCCCCAGUCAGUAGUGGGCGAGCCCAACCCCCAGGCAGGGGCUGAAGGAAAGACCCUGCUACAGGCCUGGGUCUCACCCUCUGAGGUGCAUUCACUCACUGUGCUGAGUAGCAAUGGAGAUGGGCCAGCCUUAACACCACGCAGGCCUCACCCGGUGAAGCCCAUGAGCUCCAUGGAGAGCCAUGCUCCCAUCAGCACCGCGGUGGUGAGCGAGAUGAAGACCUAUGACAGCUCACUGGCACCAGGCAAGGUGGAGAGUGGGCCCUACACCCAGCUGACCCAGGAGGAGCUGAUUACCCUGGUGGUGAAGCAGCAGAUGGAGCUCUCUAAUAAGGACUCUAAGAUCGUUGAGCUGGAGGAGUACAUAGACAACCUGCUGGUGCGUGUCAUCGAGGAGAAGCCCAGCAUCUUGCAAGGCCUCAACUCUCCCAAGCAGGCCCUGUAAGGUGUGAGGAGUGGACCAGGUAACUGUACGAUGGAGGGAAAUAUUUAGGCUUCUACUCAAACAUUCCUUUUAGUUUGUGUGUGGUUUUAUAUUGCUGUCACUGUGUGUUGGAUCAAGCAAUCUCUAUGAAGGUCUUAUUUCCUUUAAGCAUAUGCACUUUUUUAGUUUCCAAGAGAAGUCAGGCUAAUAUUCAAUCUCUAGGUUUCUUUCAGAAUGCUUGGAUGCAUGCUGGAAUGCUUUUUUUUUCUAGAAGGAAUUAAUGGAUCAUUCCAGGCUACUAUUAUUUGACAAGCUUUUGCUCUUGUUGUAACACUAUGCUACUGGAAUUGCUGUUUAUACUCAUUUACCGUAUGCACACAUUUAUUGUCAUUGCGUUGGUACUUAUUUUAAUAAACUUUUUAAAUAGCUCUCCUCAUUAGGCAGAAUAGAACUGGAUGCCCUAGGUAUGUUGAUGUCCAUGUCACUGAUUAAAUGUAUCUGUCCAGGCCUUUGCACAGUGACUCCAUGGUGCCUUCAAUUCAGUGGACUUUAAUUAGCUAGUUAUACUUUGAAAUCUGCUCAUCCCAAAGCCUUAACACAGCAGUUCUAUAAUAUGAUGCUGGUUUGUGUUUAUUUUGUUGCAUUCUUAAACCUUGAACUUCUUUCAUUGUUGUCUAGGAUUCUUUGUCAUCCCCUUUCUUUACAUUAUCGUGACUAGCCUUGGUGUAAUCACAAGAGUUAAUCUAAUACCAAAUAAAAUGGAUAAUGAUUAUUGUGGGGCAUGGUACAAGUACAUCAACCUCAAUCAGAAAGUCCAUGUUGCCUAGUAGUAACAUGUCAGAUAAACAAUGGUCUAAUAGUAGUUAAUUUGUUGAAGCAUUAUUGAACCUGUGUGAUAGGGUUCACGUGGUUUGAUUGGAAACACUCAUCAGUCAACAUUCCUUACUUCAGUUUCUUGCAUUAGUUACGUGGAUAAGUGUGGCCUAGCAAUUAAGAGCGUUGGGCCAGUAACCAAAAGGUCACUAGUUCGAAUCCCUGAGCCAGCAAGGUGGAAAAACUGAUCAUGUUCAUGAGUAAGGAGAGACCUGAUAUUCACUUUGUUGUUUUUUCCAAAAGUAUUUAUUUUUACUUACAGCUGUUGAAUCACUGAUGUACCCACUGUUCAGUCUUUUCUUUCUUUCUAUUAUAAAAUAUUUAUGCAAAUAUAAGUGCACAAACCAUGUCAAAUAUUUUUGCAAGCGUAACUACGAGUUUAACUUUGCGAAAGAUCUUCCAAUAUAAUUACAUUUUAAAGGGACAUUUCUCAAAUGUUCAACUUCAUAUUCAUCUCCAGCACCACCCCAACAUCAACAUACAGUAUGUGAAAAUUGUGUUUCUAUGUUUUGUAGUAAAAAAAAGAGGACUAAGUGUUUCCAAUUACAUCAUCAAACAAUUAGUAGGCAGUGACAAAUAAUUGGUUAAAAUCAUACGAUGCACAACGAUGAUGUCAUUGGAAACACAUCUUCCUCAAUCUUUUUUACUACAAAACAUAGAAACGUGCCAUUUUCACAUGUUGAUUUUGGGGUACUGCUGGAGAUGAGGAAUAUGAAGUUGAAAUAUUGGGAAAUUUCCCUUUAAGCAUUAUGAAUGUUUCAAAAUUAACCUUGUCCAUGUUAGAUUUAAUGCCUUUUUAUUAAGCGGUAGGCUUUGACACGGAUCAUAGCCUUUUACACACGUUAUAUAUCUCAAGUCUCAAUGUAACCUACUGAAUGUAUCUUCUGCAACUAUGCCUUCAUGUAAUGUCAUAGCAAUAAGAAAUCUUGUCACAUGUCUGAUUAUGCCUUCAAGGAUUUUACCCCUAAGAAUGUAAUUUUUGUGAUUUACUGUAAGUCUGGAUUCCUUAAGAACUUUUUGUUUAUACUGCUUUUAAAUUCAGUGUAUUUUAUACACUUUGAUCUUUCCUAUUGAAAUAAAGUAUAGAAAAUCCUGAAA